UUGUUCCCUAAUAGUAAUACCGUGCAAAAACUAUAUUUAUUAUCAAAUUGUGCCACCCCUAUUUGUCGAGUGUAAUAUUCUGAGUUGAAAGGUCACACUAACAAGUAGAAACACGCCCGCGCGCCUUUUAUCAAAAGUCGAUUCUCGCUAGAAAUAUUACUCACUACGUCGUACAAGCUUGCAGGACAGUGGUGUUUAGCGGUGUACAGAACUCAUGGACAGACUUCAGAGCAAGAUCAACCGGCUGAAUGACCAGGAUACCGGGUUCACAGCCGUGACUGCGGUGGAGUUGGAAAAUUCGGGACUCAAAGACAUCACUCUCCGUCCAUAUCAGUUAGAUGGGGUGAACUGGCUUAUCGAGCGUUACCAUAGAAACCAUGGCUGUAUCCUAGGAGACGAGAUGGGCCUUGGGAAGACUUGUCAGACCAUUGCCUUCCUGACAUUUCUCCAUGGAAGUCUGGAUGUGAGCGGUCCAUUCCUGAUCCUCUGUCCCCUCUCAGUUCUCAGGAACUGGCAAGAAGAACUCAAGAGGUUUUCUCCAGGUUUGGAAGUAGUAGUGUAUGUGGGACACAAGGAAAAGAGAGAGGAGGUUCGACACUCUCUCCGUAGACACAGGGACUUCCAUGUCAUGCUGUCUACGUAUGAGAUUUGCCUGAAGGAUGAAUCAUUUCUCAGAAGGUUUGAGUGGCAGGCUCUUGUAGUGGACGAGGCUCACAGACUGAAAAAUCAGAACUCUCUUCUUCAUCAGACUCUCAAGGAGUUCACCAUCCACUACCAUCUGUUGCUGACUGGAACUCCGGUUCAGAACAACAUGGAGGAGCUCUUCUCACUUCUACAUUUUGUGGCCCCCUCCCUCUUCAAGCAACAUUACGGGGAAGACUUUGUAGACAGAUACAGUGCAGUGGACAAUGACAGCUCUAGUGUGAGACAGGAGCUCCAUACACUGCUGCAGCCAUUCUUACUGAGGAGGGUCAAGUCAGAGGUCAUCAAGGACCUGCCAAAGAAGUCAGAGGUGGUCCUGUACCAUGGCCUGACAAGUCUGCAGAAGAAGUACUACAAGGCUAUCCUAAUGAAGGACUUAGACGCCUUUCAGACGGUUGGUCCAGGUCCUACCAAAACUCGCCUGAUGAAUAUCUUGAUGCAGUUAAGAAAGUGUGUCAACCACCCCUACCUGUUUGAUGGUGUUGAACCAGAACCAUAUGUACUAGGAGAACACCUGAUUGAAGCGAGUGGGAAACUCUUUCUGCUAGACCAGCUCCUCUCCUACCUCAAGAAAAAAAGCCACAAAGUGUUGGUGUUCUCCCAGAUGACAAGAGUUCUGGACAUCCUUCAGGACUAUCUUGGCUUCAGAGGUUACAGCUAUGAGAGACUGGAUGGGUCUGUGAGAGGGGAGGAGAGAUAUCUCGCCAUACAGAACUUCAACCAACAAGACGAUGUGUUUGUAUUUCUCCUCAGCACAAGGGCAGGUGGACAGGGGUUAAACCUGGCCUCAGCCGACACUGUCAUCUUCAUGGACAGUGACUUCAACCCACAGAACGACUUACAGGCUGCUGCUAGGGCUCACAGGAUUGGUCAGACCAGGCCUGUGAAGAUCAUACGCCUGAUUGGUGGCAGCACAGUAGAAGAGAUCAUUCUGAAGAGGGCAGAGGCCAAGUUGAAGUUGACAAACAGUGUGAUCGAGGGAGGCCAGCUCUCCGGCUUGAACUCUAUAGCAGACAGUGGUGCACAGCUUUCUGACAUCCUGAAGUUUGGACUGGAUAAACUGUUUGAGACUGAUGAGAGCCUGGAGAGUCUGGAUAAUGCAGACCUGGAGGCCAUGCUGGGAGCCAGUCACCGUGGUAACUGGGUUGAGGAAGUCACUCCUGCAUCACAGGACCAGGAGGAGGAGGGGGAUCCAGAAGAGGAGGAAACUGCCAACAACAUGUAUGUGUUUGAAGGAAAGGACUACUCCAAGGAACCAAGUGCUGACGAUCUAAAGGCGUUUGAGACUCUUAUAGCAGUGGAGGCUUCUAUAGAGGAGGACACACUGUCAGAUGAAAGAAGGCUCAGAAAGAAAAAGGCUCCCUUGGUCAGUCUGGCUGACCUCCCCACACGGAAGAGGAAACAGCUGACCCCAGAGGAGCUGGAGGAACGGAAGAAAAAGAGACAGGAAACAGCUGCCAAGAGAGCCAAGCUAAAGGAGGAAGAAGAUGUGAGACGAGCACAAAAGCAGAAAGAGAGAAGAGAAGCAAAGUGGAAGUCACAUGGCUACACCACCUGCAAUAUCGCCAUGGAAACAGACGAGGAGGAGAGUGAUGAUGAGGUUACCAUGAUAACAGAUGAUGAUGAUGAAGAGGAGGAUGUUGACAGGAGGGCCAUUAACUACGUGAUGGGAGACGUCACCCAUCCUCAGUGUACAGGGGACCAGGACGCCAUCAUUGUGCACUGUGUUGAUGACUCCGGGUCGUGGGGCCAGGGCGGUCUGUUCUCUGCCCUGUCAGCCAGGUCCUCCCAGCCUGAGAUGCAGUACCAGUUAGCUGGAAAAAUGAAAGAUCUUGCUCUUGGAGAUGCCCACCUGAUUGCUGUGGAUGACAGAGAAAGUAGAACCAAGGGCAGUGACAUGGUAGCCCUGAUAGUGGCCCAGGACCGGGACAGAAACAACAAGCUCUCAGGGAUCAAACUGUCAGCCCUGAAUCAGGGACUGGUCAGGAUCUGCACAGCAGCAAGGAGAAUGAAAGCCAGUGUCCACCUGCCCAGAAUAGGGUACAACACCCCUGGGUUCAACUGGUACGGCACAGAGAGACUGAUCAGGAAACACCUCUCCUCCAGGGGGAUACCCACAUACAUCUACUACUACCCUCGGAAGAACAAGAAGCAAGCUGUGGCCAAGACUACUGGAGCCAGUGCCUCCACCUCUCAACAGACUACAAGUACUCCUGUGUCCCAUACCACUGCAGGGAACUCACUGCCAAAUUUUAUGCAGGGUGUGGUGGUGUUCUUACAUGAUGUCACCGAUGAACAAAGGAAGAAGUACACAAGAUACCUUGUGGCAUAUCCUUUUGUGUGA